UUAGAUUGACUUUUUAGAUGCAAAAUGAUGUAACUGAAAUGAAAUAAUAAAUUAAAAAAAUGAGUUUGUAUAGCAUAAUAGUGAUUUUUUUAAAUUGUUCGUAUGCCUUUGAACAUCUAUCGAAAUCGCGAUGUUUCUUACGCAUAAAGAAAAAAGAAUUGUUUAUUGACAUUCUUCUUGGUAUAUCAUCAUGUAUUAUAUUGAAUUUAAUUGGUGCAGAGAGUCUUGGAAAGCACUUUUUUUAUUUUCGCUGUAAAACUAGUGAAAGUUUACAAAACUUGCUAACGUGGUUAAUGGGAAAUCCUGCUGGAUUAAAGUUAAACAAAGAACUUUCCCAUUUUCUAGGGAAUUUUUUUUCUUGCCAUGUUCAGAUUUGGAUGCAGUAUAUUGACGUUAUUGACGAUUAUUUUGUUGCAAUUGUCACUUUUCUUAUUUACUCAAAUUGCUUUGGUUUAACGCUUUUUUUAUCGCUCGUUAAAGAUGUUAUAAAUGUACUGACUUUACACAUCUACUGUUUUUAUGUGUAUGGUGCCAAGUUAUAUUCGCUUCAACUUUACGGUUUAAUAUCUUUAUCUCGGCUUUUUAUGGGGAAAAAAUGGAACGUAUUGCGAUGCCGCUUAGACUCAGUAACGUACGAGGCCGAUCAGUUUAUUCUUGGGACAAUCUUGUUUACAACUCUAAUGUUUCUUCUUCCGACAACAGUUCUUUAUUAUGUCGUUUUUGCAACUCUAAGGAUGUGUGUCUUGGUUACUCAAUUUUCUUUAACGUUUUUUAUUUCGGUUAUAACUGAUCGAAGCCUUGAAAUCAAAACAUCGAAUGUCUCUAACUUAAGUCCGUCUUACCGAUUGUCAUUUUUUGAGAUAACUGAUGGUUUGCAAAAGCUUUUGACAGGAGAAAUAUUGAAGCCAUGGAGCAAAUGGUCAAACGUUUCAACGGACAAUAAAAAUAUAGAAUGUUUAUAAAAUAGUAUUGAACAAAAAAAAAGAUAUUUUAUCGAAUGCAAUAAAAAUGCUUAAUUACUAAAAAAAUGUGCCUUAAAUGCUUUAAAUUGGGUGUAUUCAGUGACAAUUUGUAAAGGUAAGCCUACCAUAUAUAAGCACACGCAUUAUGAACAUAUAUAGUUUGUUUUAUAACUUUUAAUAAUAAAUAGAUAUAAUAUACAUCGGGUGUAUAUAUUACGAUUUGUGUUUACUUAACAUAUAGAUAUAAUGCA